UGCACACUGCUCAUCGUCAUUUAUCGCGUGGAGGCGGUUCUGGUGCAUUGUACCUUCUCAAGGGACGUCCUUGUUCACUCGUCUAUGAAUUCCUUCGCGCGCUGCCCACCUCAGAAAAAGUAUCAGCGGCAUCAUCACCAAACGCUAGCAGCAGCCGGAUACAGUUUUGCGCGAGAUAGUGGCAGGCCUGGAAGCCGUUAUGGAUGGCGCAAAAAAGGUUCACCAGCAACUAGUUGAAAAAAAGGACAGCAUCUCGCAGUCGAUGUCUCUGUACAAGGGUGUCUGUUGUGUCGCGUCUCUGGCGCUUGCCACCCCAAACUAUGCCCCAGAUUUUCUACCAUUGUCUCCCAGAAUCUGACCACCAACUGCCAUCGGAGCUACGGGCGCCCCUGCUGCUGACUGGAGCAUGCCGACGAUGGAGGGAGGUUGCUGUCGACAUGCCCAGUUUAUGGAGCACAAAGUUCCUGAUUCGGCAAGUCAUACCCGCCAAACACUGCCGACCUGCAGUAAAGGGUCGCGGUAUGCUACGACUAUCGUGGCCGAACCCGAGCAUAGAACCACGGUGUUACCGGCAUCCGUGUGUUUACCUAGCUUCGUCCAUGGGAAACUGGCCACUACUAGAUGGUCCCACGAGUCCGUGUGUCCCAAGAGUCCGCGCAUUGACUCUAGCACACGCAAUUCUGCACGGAAUCCUUAUCCAUGAUAGAUCUAGAUUCCCCAAACAUAAUACACACUGCUAUAUAUUUUCUUUGAAGAAAAUCGAAGUAGAUCUCGUCCCAUGGGCAACUUAUCAGUGCUGGAGGCUACUUUUGUGCAUAUAAGGCUCGCUCUAAAGGUCAGAUCACCACAAAAAAUUGUGGAAUAUGGUACAAUGGUUAUACACGAUAAGAGAAUACUAAAACAAAUGUCUCCGGGGCCACUUGUCAGGA